AUGACUCCUCAAACAUAUGAAAGGCCAGAUCUGAACCUCAUUUGGUUUGAUCCAGACUUUUCAACCCCAACCAAUAGAAAUCAAGCAAGGUACAACAAUAAAGCAGGUAAAAGGAGAGAGGUCAUAAGGAGGAGGAGAUAUAAGGAUGUCAUCCAUACUUGUGGCGAUGACACGGGAGGCUAUGCCUCUAGUAAUGGAGGAUAUGGAUUUGAUUGUGAAGAAGGCUAUGGGGGAGAUGGUGCAACAUAUGACCAUGAUGAGUAUGGGAAUUAUGGAGACGUCAAUGGUCAAUUUGAUCAUGACCCAUAUGAUGGUGGGCCUUACUACUCCGGGGAUGACUAUGAGUCAAGUGGAUCUUAUAGGUCUUAUGAAGAAGAUGAAGGAGUAGAGGAGCUUGAUAAGGAGUCCUAUAGUGAAUACGAGAGCUAUGAAGAGUCUCAUACUACACACCAUGGAUGUGGAGGCGGCUUGAGGUAUAUUCCUUCCUCACGCUUACGAUAUGAAUCAAUUGGUGAAGACUUGCACGAAUUGGGAAGUUGUGAUGAAUAUGAACCUUGUGGUUAUACGCUUUGUGGUGAAUAUGCUCGGGGAGAUAAUAAAUUCGAAGAUGAAAUUUGUGAAGAUUCUUCUAGUGGGUAUUCACGUACAUCAUUUUGUGAUACUUCCUAUACUAAGCAAGAUGGUGUAAGUGUGUGGAUUGGACCAAGAAGGAGUCGUCCUUGA